AUGGGAAACUGUUGCUCUACUGAGGCUUCGUCUAUCGUAACGCGACGCUCGAAUACCAAGAACGAGGUCUAUACUACUGCACCAUACGCUGCUCUUUCGUCUAGUCCACAUAAACUUGCAGCAACUACGGAUGAUACGACGUGUGUGCAGUUGCAUAAGGACAAGAAUCCAGCAUCAUCAUCAUCAUCAUCAUCAUUGUCACGUUCUCCGUCUUCUUUCCUGCCAUUUUCAAGACACGUAGACACACACGACGAGACACAAGUGGAUGAGUUUGUCCCACCUCCUUGUCCUAGUAAUAAGCACAUGGAGAAUACGCAUCACGUUAAGAUUGGAGACUAUAAUUUACGUUAUUCCUACUAUUCUAAACGUGGCUAUUAUCCAGAAGCGAGAGAGAAGGCAAAUCAGGACAGUUAUUACUGCGAGACGCACUUUGCUGGAGAUGAUCAAAAGGCUUUUUUUGCAGUUUUUGACGGUCAUGGACAAUAUGGAGACAUUUGCUCUCAAUUUGCAGCCGAGCAGCUACCAGAGAACAUUAUCAAGAACUUUGAACAAAAUAUCGGCAUCUUACCAGCUCUCUCAAAGGCCCAUCUUCAGACUAACAUUGCCAUGCAUGAGGCAAGCUUUGACGACUCGAUGAGCGGCACAACGUCGAUUUCCGUGCUCUUUUGUGGCAAUGAAAUUCACGUCUCGAACGUCGGUGAUUCGAGGGCAAUCAUUGCUCAGGAGAAUCUCAAGGCGUCUAAACGUGAGGGUGAAGCUAAUUUGGUUGCCAAGCCGCUAUCGAUCGACCAGACGCCCUUUCGCCAGGACGAGCGUGUUCGUGUAAAGAAAUGUGGCGCGCGUAUCUUGACAGUGGAUCAAGUAGAAGGCUUGGAGCCUAUUCACGAAAAUUGGGGCUUAUCGCUUGGUGACGAAAUUGACGAGAAUGGAGACCCACCGCGUAUCUGGCAUCCCUACGGACAGUACCCCGGAACUGCUUUCACACGCAGUAUUGGAGACUUGGUGUCUAAAGAGCUUGGCGUGACAGCUGAGCCAGAAAUUCUAUGCAAGAGUCUGAAUCCGCACGAUAAGUUUAUUAUCGUGGCGAGUGACGGUGUGUUCGAAUUCCUCACGAGCCAGAAUGUCGUUGACAUUGUGAAGCAGUAUGAGAACCCGUCUGAGGCGUGCCAUGCGCUCGUCGAGGAGGCAUAUAACCGUUGGCUUCAGUUUGAAGUGCGAACGGAUGACAUCACGGCAGUGUGCAUCUUUCUAGAUGGUGUGACUCCCGCGAAGGAACGUGAUGGUCCUCGCGGGAGUAUUUACGUCGGUGGAGAGGUUUUGGAUCUGCAAUCUAUGCAAAGACCAGUACGUGGUAUCACCAAGAACCACACACGCAGAAAUACAAUUGUGGGAACGGAUGCGAUUCGUUUAUCGCUUGCAGAAGCGUUUUUGGAUGAUGAUGAUGACAAACCUGGGAAGCUUCCGAGUUUGAUUGAGAGCGACGGAAAGUCAGAGGAAGAAGAGGAGUGGUUCAAGAAGGCUGUUCAGGGCAGUUUUCUUUUCAACCACCUGGGCGAUAAAAAGAUCCACGAAGUAAUUUCUGUACUGAAAAGACUAGAGUUCAAGGCUGGCGACAUUGUGAUGCGCCAAGGAGUUCCGGGUAACACGUUUUAUCUGGUGGAAUCCGGUGAAUUUGAGGCUCGCCACAUCAGCGAUAAAAUUGUUGAUGUUUCACUCGAGAAGGGUUUAUCACCGGAAAUGUAUGGAGAGGUGGUUCAAUUGUACAGAGCUACCAAUUCCUUCCAUCCUACGUUUGGUGAGCUGGCGCUUUUUUACCCGAAGCCUCGCGUAGACACAAUUGUUGCAAAGACAAAGGGUACGCUGUGGGCGCUUGAUCGAAUUGCUUUUCGUUCUAUUUUGAUGCGGGGACGACCACUGCGCGAUGUUGUUCGGAGGCUCCGCCAAAUUAGCUUAUUACGCCCACUUACUGUUGCCCAGACCAACCUCGUUGCAGAAGAGAUGCGUGCUGUUGUGUUUGAACCAAACCAAGUUGUCCUCCACGAGGGAAUGACAGAGCCCGGUUUUUUCCUUAUCACCAGUGGUCGCAUUGAAUCGACCUCAAAAAUGGAUAACGUGGCACCCCUUGAACUUAAGACGUUUGAUUAUUUUGGAGAAAUUGCUCUAGUUUGUAAACGGUCGAUCAGCCGACGCUCUAUCCGAGCUAUUGAGCGCACGGAGUGCCUCUUCAUCAGAAAAGAUGCACUGGAAUUGGCCGUUGGCAAGUUGUCUUUGAUAUUAGAGAAGGACAAACUGCGUCGGGCGCGGAAGACGAGGAUUGCUGAGUUGCAAAAGGAGGCGACGACAAGUGCGUUUGUCCAGUAUGACAACGAGACGAAGACAAACAUGCCCAAGUCCAUUAAUGACUUGGAGGUUGUCGGAAGCGUAAUAUCUGACUUGAUUAAUACUGUCCGUCUGGUGGAAGUCAAGGGCUCGUCUCCUUCAGAGUACUUGACGUUGCGGUCGGUGAGCAAGCAAGCAAUUGUUGACGCUGGUAUGCAAAAGCACGUCAGUGGCGAGCGUGACAUCUACGUCUCUCUUUACGAAAAGAAUGCGCUCGUACCACAGCUUCUUGGAAUGAAUUCGAACGAUUCGGAUAUCCAUAUGCUGUACGACACGCAAAUCGUGGGCACCCUGGAAAGUUUUUUGGAUGGCGAGGCGCACGGAGAGUCUUUCGUUCGCUACUAUGCUGCACAAGUAGUGAUGGCGCUCGAGUUCAUGCAUGUGGAAGGCGUUGUUUCGCGAACAGUUGACCCCACGAACCUCAUGGUCGAUCGUAGUGGAAACCUCCGCAUGAUCAACUUGAGACUUUCCAAGUAUGUUGGUCGUGGCCGGACCUACACUGUCUGUGGUACUCCCGAGUACCUGGCCCCGGAGCAAAUUACUGGCGAAGGCCACAACAUCGCUGCGGAUUACUGGGCACUUGGUGUGCUCAUGUACGAAAUGCUGACUGGUGCGACGCCCUUUACUCGAGAAAACGAGAACGAUUUGGAGAUUCUGAAUGACAUCGCAUCAUUCCACCCGGAUCAUCUGUCUUGGCCUGAGCACACAAGUGCAGAGCUGAAGGAUAUCAUCGAGAAUCUUCUCAGGCCUGACCUCAGACAGCGUCUCGGAUACUCGGAAGUCCGCGCGGGCGCCUGCGAGCCGAUUAAGAAGCACGCGUUUUUUGCUGGAACCGCGUGGGAAGCCACAAAGAUGGGCUCGUUCUCGGCACCACUUGAGCCCGAGGCUGCAUCAGAAUUCAAGCAGAUUGCAGCUAGCGGAAGCCAAGAAAACCUGAAUAUUGGAAGCGUGUAUACAGGCGACGUUGAUUGGCUUGUUGGGUUCUAG